AUGGCCCUGCUGGCCUGGGAAAAAGAAACUGGCAUCCACCUGGUGCAGAUCAACGGGCAGAGGAGAUAUGGUGGCCCCCCCCCAGACUGGGUGGGCGACCCCCCUCCGGCCGGCACCGAGGUGUUCAUCGGGAAGCUGCCGCAGGACGUGUACGAGAACGUGCUGAUCCCGCUGUUCCAGAGCGUGGGCAGGCUCUACGAGUUCCGCCUCAUGAUGACCUUCAGCGGCCUCAACCGCGGCUUCGCCUACGCCACGUACGGCGACCCGCGCGGGAACACGGGGCUCAGUGGGGCCCAGCUGAAGGUGGACUGGCUGAACCACAAUCAGAAGCAGAAGCUGCAGUCCUGCCAGGAGAAGCCAUCGUCCAGCCGGGUGCAAGGGGGCAGGCACCUGGGGGUCCCCAAGCAGGCACCCCUGUCCCCAGUGCUGCACAACGCCGUGGACCACCUCACCACCCUGUGCAGGAGGUGGUUCCUGGGCACCCCCCUGUUCCUCACCAAGUGCAUCCAGGCCACCCCCAAUGGGUGGCUGCGUUUCUGGUGCCAGGUGGUGAUCCCAGGGUGCCCCGUGCCCUUCAGUGGGUUUGCUUGGGUCCAGCAGGAUGGGCCAGGCAGGAGUGGGCACGAGGAGGCCAAGGUGGUGGUGGCACAGCAGGUUCUCCAGAUGCUGGGUGAGUCCCUGCCUCUCCCAAGGGUUCCAGCAGACAUAGGUGGCCGUUCUGCCCGAACCACCAGUGGAACCUGA